GGGGAGGAGGUCGUGCGUGUCCGGGAUGGUCAAACCACAGCAUGUGAAAUUCGAGCAUAUUUCGCGUUCGAGAGCAUCGGAAGAGGGAGAGCGCGAGUUCGCGUCCCAGUGGUCGGAAGGAACGAGACUUCGAAAGACUCAUCCAACGUCCAAUCCAUCCUGCCCGUCCCAUGGUCAUCCUCAUACUCUCCACCGUCGUACAUCACUCGCGCCGAGGGCUUUCUUCACGAGGUUUUACGAAGAGGCAACGGGCAAGAGGCAGUCGGUCGAGGAAAAAAGGAGCGGAAGACUUUGCAUUUCGUCGUCCGGCCUCAGGAAUGAUAUAUAUCUACAAACAUGCCCGUGGCCGACGUGAGUUCGUGCUGGGCAGAGAAAAGUGGCGUCUAAAAGCGAUCCGCGGUCCUAGUCGCGUCAUCUCUCUUUUCUAGCCAUUGUGAGAACCAGCGAGCCCGUUAUCCCAGAUGUCAUUAGCUGUGAGCUGCACCAGAGGUAGUUCACGGCAUCCGACCAGCU